UUACAUUUUUUUUUUUUGUCGAUGGAUAACAUGUGAGUUGUUUUUUUCCGGAGUGAAACCGUAGAAUUUACCCAUCCUUAAUUAAAAAUGAGUUUAAUUUGAAGAUGAAAAAGCUAAGGGAAACGGAGUUGGUUGGAUUUGCUGAUCCCAAAGAUGUUGAAGACGACGAAAGGGACGAGGAAAAUGAGUCUUUACCCAAAUCGAAGGCCUCAAAGAAGUCUGGUGGAUUCCAGGGGAUGGGUUUGAGCUUUCCUUUGUUAAAAGGGAUUUUAAAACGAGGAUAUAAAGUUCCGACUCCCAUCCAAAGAAAGACAAUUCCAGUCGCCCUGACAGGCCGCGACGUAGUCGCCAUGGCUCGCACGGGUAGUGGCAAGACAGCUUGUUUCCUCAUCCCACUCUUUGAGAAACUGAAAACCAGAAACGCAAAAGCCGGAGCUCGAGCCCUGAUUCUCUCCCCUACUCGAGAGCUCGCUCUCCAGACCUUAAAAUUCAUCAAGGACCUCGGCAAGUUCACAGGCCUCAAAGCGGCAGUGAUUCUAGGAGGAGAUAGCAUGGACAACCAAUUCAGCGUUCUUCAUGGGAACCCAGAUAUAAUCGUCGCCACUCCAGGUCGUUUCCUCCACAUUUGCGUGGAGAUGGACUUGACUCUAAAAAAUGUCGAGUUGGUGAUUUUCGAUGAAGCUGAUCGACUCUUCGAGAUGGGCUGGGGGGAGCAGAUCCAUGAGAUCACCAAUCGUUUACCAGAGAACAGACAGACUCUCCUCUUCUCUGCGACAUUGCCGAAAGUUCUUGUGGAGUUUUCGAAAGCUGGACUUAGUGAUCCAACGCUGAUUCGUUUAGAUGUGGAGAGUAAAUUGCCUGAUGAGUUGACGUUGUCGUUCAUCACUUGUAGGAAAGAAGAGAAGUUGGCAGUAUUGCUGUGUCUUUUGAAGUAUGUCAUUGCGAAAGACUCUCAGACAGUGGUUUUUGCAGCAACAAUGCAUCACGUCGAGUACAUCCACAUGAUUCUGGACCAAGCUGGGAUCACCAACACUUUUAUUUACUCGAAUUUGGAUGCCUCUGCCAGAAAGAUCAAUGCCGCCAAGUUCCAGUCUGGAAAAGCGAGAGUCCUGGUAGUGACAGACGUGGCAGCUCGUGGACUCGACAUCCCACAUCUAGAUAACGUCAUCAAUUUUCAUUUUCCAGUGAAAAGUAAAUUGUUCGUGCACAGGGUGGGGCGUUGUGCUCGAGCGGGACGGUCUGGGACUGCUUAUAAUAUCAUUGCUAAUGACGAAUUUCCGUAUUUGUUGGAUCUACAUCUAUUUCUUGGCAUGAAGAUGAAUAUUCUGUCGGCCGACGGUGAGGCUGAUGGGGCGGAGAGAUCCCCUGCAAACGGAGCGAUCGGCAGAAUGCCCCCCUCAAUGAUCGAGCAGGAGCUAAGCGAACUCAACUCCUGGCACGAGACUAUUACAGACCUAAAAAACAUGGCUCAGGUUUCCAAAAAUGGAUACCUACAAUACCUAAGAUCUCGUCCAUCCGCCUCAGUGGACUCGGUAAAACGUUCUAAGGAGCUCGAUAUUGCCAGUGCAGGCGUCUUCACAGACUAUGGAGAUCUCUCCCCUAAGGUUGCAGACUUCCUCUCCCAGAUGAAGAAGUACCGCCCCUCAGGAACAAUCUUCGAGAUAGGAAUGAAACCCUCGUCUAUGGAUUAUAAGGUCAUGAAGACGAAACGACAAUUCCACAAGAACGUAAUUGAAACAUUCAAGGAACAAGAAGAUGAACGUAAACAAAAUGCUAAAAACUUUGUGAUCAAAGAACGGGAGAGAUCUCAACUCGAUGGCAGCAGUUCUGCGGAUAUUGCUGGAGCCUUUAGCCAGGUCAUCACUGAUAAGAAGAGGAAACUCGAUGAUCUGUACAGAGAACCAAAGAAAAAGAAGAGAAGAAGAGACGUACAAGACUCAGAAUUCUACAUCCCUUAUUCAGCAUCCGAUAGACACACUGAGGAAGGUCUAGCUGUCAAUCACUUCGCCACUGCUGCUGAAAAGGUCCAGAUGGACCUGACAGUUGACAACGAAGAGUCUAGAAGGUUACAGACACAAGUCAAGAAGUGGGAUAGGAAGAAGAAGAAGAUGAUUACUAUUAAUAGUAAUUCGAAAGUGGGCAAGAUCAGAACCGAGUCUGGGGCUUGGAUUCCAGCUACAUACAAAACCAAUCGGUAUGAGCAAUGGAAGGAGAAAUCGAAAAUCGGGGAUGCUAGUGAGGAUGAAGGGGAGGUCGAGGAUAGCAGGAGGCUGAAGACGACGCCGAAUACUCACUGGGGAAGACACAAUCAGAAGUUGAAAGAGAAAAUUAAAGGGAGGGGAGAACUGAAGACCCCGGAGCAAGUGAUGAAAUUAAGAAAAAUACAGGAGAAAAAGAAAAAUAGAGGAAAAAAAGGGAAGGGGUCAAAAGGAAAACGAAAAGGAAGAUGAGGUUGAUAAAAGAGUCUUGUAAAGUGUUGUGAUGGGAUAAUAAAAGGAUUUGGGCUUAAGCGAA